AUGAAUAUUCCAGUUCUUUCUGAUUUUAACAAGAAAAUUGCUAGAAACUUUGGUGUCUUGGAUGAGGUACGUACGAUAAAAAGGGCUCAUUUCACGAUCUCCUGA